UAAAUAGCUCACCUCAAUCCAGAAACAACCAAACAGCUCAGGAAUUACCAAGCACAGGGAGCUCCUUUUGGACACAGACAAGGCACCAUGCUGAAGAAACUGCUUCAGGGACGCAUGCUCCUCCCAUUGAUUCUUGUGACUGGGAUUGGAGGUGGUUUCCAAUAUGGAUUCAACAUGUCUUCAAUCAAUGCACCUUCUAUGUUUAUUAAGGAAUUCAUUGCUGAGACAUGGGUCACCCGCUUUGGCACGACAUUGGAUGAAACAGCCAUCACACUCCUCUGGUGUGUCAUUGUCUCUAUCUAUCCGAUCGGAGGACUUAUUGGUGCUCUAAAUGCCGGACAUCUCUCCAUAAAGUAUGGGAGGAAGAAUGCUCUGCUUUUCAACAACAUUGUGGCCAUCAUAGCUGCAGUUAUAAUGAUGCUCAGCAAAAAGGGAAAGUCCUUUGAGAUGAUCAUGGUGGGGAGGUUCCUCUAUGGCAUUAAUGCAGGUAUUGGCCUCAAUGUUCACAGUAUGUAUCUUGGCGAGAGUGCACCAAAGGAAUUGCGAGGCCUUGUAUCUCUGACCCGGGCGAUGUUUGUUGCCUUUGGCAAGUUCAUUGGACAAGUGGUUGGACUCAGGGAGAUUUUGGGAACUGAGGCAGCCUGGCCUUUGCUGCUGGCUUUCAGCGGCCUGCCUGCCCUCAUUCAGCUGGUGCUGCUGCCCUGGUUCCCAGAGAGUCCCAGAUACCUUUUGAUUGACAAGGGCAACAAGGUCCUCUGUGUGGAUGCUCUGCGGAGACUCUGGGGUCAGGGAGACUUCUUUGAGGAGGUCCAAGAUAUGGAGGCUGAGCAGGCUGCUGCAAAGGGAGAACGAGCAAAGACUGCCAGGGAGCUGUUCCAAGAUCGCUCAGUACGAUGGCAGCUCAUCACCAACAUCAUGCUGACCGUUGCUAUGCAGCUUUGUGGCAUCAAUGCAAUUUAUUUCUACUCUUCUGAAGUGUUCCAGGAAGCUGGAAUUCCUGACUGGACGAUACCAUAUGUGGUGUUGGGGGCAGGUGCAACACUUCUGAUGACCUCCAUGGUUUCUGGGUUUUUUAUUGAGCGAGAUGGGAGAAAGGCCUUACUGUGGAAAGGAUACAGCCUCAUGACCCUGUGGGCAGCACUCCUGUGUGUAACUCUGCCUCUGCAGCAUCAGUUCACCUGGAUGCCUUACUGCAGUAUAUUCCUCAUCUUUGCGUAUAUCUUCAGCUACGGGAUUGGUCCUGCGGGAGUGACUGCGAUCAUCCCCUUCGAAAUCUUCACUCAGUCUUACCGACCUGUUGCCUUUGUGAUAAACGGCUCCUUCCAGUGGCUGGGCCUCGUCCUUCUGGGAAUGAUCUUCCCGUUUAUUGUGGAGGGACUGGGACCAUUCUGCUUCCUGAUUUUCCUGGGCGACUGCCUGGUCAUCGCUGUGUUCAUCUUCAUCAUUCUCCCGGAAACAAAAGGAAAAACUAUCCUGGAAAUCAAUGAGGAGUUUCGGAAAAUCAACCGGAAGAGAAUGGGAGGAAGCUCGGUGGUGGUUCGCAGUAAAGUCCCACAGCAGGACCCAGAAAUCUUUGUGAUCGCUACCAGACUAUAAAUGGGUUACAGAGAUAAAAAUGGUGAUAGAUAUGGUCAUCGGGGAGGAGAUAAAGCAUUACUGUCUUCUGCACUCAGACCGCAGCACCUUUUACAGACUGCUUAUCCCAACAGUGAAAGGAUCUCAACGUGGGGUACAGUGGCUCUGUGCAAUGGAUGUUAUAUAUUUGAAGAUUUAACCCAAAACGACCAAUGGCUUUAAGUGGUUUUACUGACCAUUGCUGGAUAAUGACUGUAUGCUUGUUUCUCUCUCUAAUUAUUCUCAAUGGUGUGUCUCACUAACCUGAAACUGAAGGAUUCUACUGUUGAAGUAUUUCACAAUCUCGGUGCACCUCCAAGUGACAAAGGUGGUUUAAAUUGAGUGUAUAUCAUGUAACUAAUAAGGUUGGUGAGUCACAGACACAAAUUGCCACAUGGGAUUAUGUGGUGUGGCUGCAUUUCAUCAGGGUUCAAACAAGGCAGAAGGAAUAUGUGGCAGUCACGAUUAAAGAGGCUGUUACAGCUCUUGAGAAAAAGGCAACUGGCCAGUGUGUGACUCCAGUGCCACAACAUUGUUGACUCUUAACUGGCCCACUGUAACAAACCCAUGAGAUUUGCUUCUCCAUGCUGUUCAUACUGAGCACUGCUUGGGAACAAGGGAGUUGGAUUUUCCCUGGUCAGUGGAUCUCCCAUUAUAUCUGCUUCAUACAUACAUACUUUGUACCAUCAUAUAAGAUGUGUGAUAGCAUUUCAGAAGCUCCUUGAACAUCCCAUUGUUUUUUUUAUUUCCACGGAAUUCAUGGCACAAAGACAAAAUCUACUCCCAAGGAAUGAAAAUUCAGGGAACAAAAGAAAUUAUAUGUCUAUCUCAGGAAAGAGUCUACAGAAUCCAAACCAGGAUUCAUUGAUUUCUGGUUUACUUUUUUUUAAUAGCUAUAUUAAUCAGGUGCUCUUUCACUGAGACUGAAGAGUUCGUUUAGGUUCCAUGGGACUUGCCCCUCCACCAUUUAUUUCCAAAGGGCAGGGAGUAAGGUAAGAGAACAUUGCAUGAAUUAUGUCUAGCAAUUUUUUUUGCUGCUUGGGUAAAAAGAGUGCAUUUGGGCAAAGAAGUCACCUUGGACUUGAAUCUUAAAUGAACAUAGAGAUAUGAGAAGUAGGCCAUUCAGCCCAUCUAGCCUGGCUAAUCAGAUUGUGGCCUCAAAUCAAUAUUCCUGCCUCCCCUAUAAAAAUCUUUGAUUCGCUUUUCAGUCAAGAAUCUAUUUACCUUUGCCAAACAAAGACUGAGUGGCCUCUUUCUCCACCACUCCCUGGGAGAGGUAGCUCCGAAGACCUAUGACCCUCAGAGGAAUAAAAAUCUCCCCUCAUUUGUUUUAAAUGGGACAGCCCUUAUUUUUAAGCUGAACUCUUCCCCAGUUCCCAAUCUUGUGAUAAGAUUUUUAUGCUGAUGGUUGGGAUAUGACAGACACAAUCAGGGAUUAGGCACCAGUGACAAGAGCAAGUCUUAAUGAAAAUGGAAGAAUGCCAGUCAUUUUGUCAACUCUAAAUAAAAUUGUGAGGUAGCACCAGGACUCAGUUAUUAUAUCAGUUUAUUAUAUCAGUUAUAUCUGCCACUAGUUCCUCUACAGCAUCAAUAUCAUUACACAUUUGCUCCUGUCACUUCAGUUCACUUCACUGAGAUUAUAAAUCACGGUGCCAAGAAUGCUUCCUCUGAACAAAUUUCCUGCUCUUCAUUAUCUUUUAUCAGAUUGAACUCCUUUAGUUGAUAAAGCAUAGGCAGUUAAAAUUAACAUCCCUCAAAGAGUUAACAUAACUCGUUUACAUUGCGAAUAUUGAAUGGAAACUCUAUGAGAACUUUACAGGAGCCGAACGUGAUGAGUUUACAUAACAGUGCAAACAGCUCCCUUCCAAAGAGCUCACCUUAACUGACAUCAAUUUAGUACAUGAGGACCUAAAAGAAUGUUCGCCAAACUCUACAGGGCAAACUUGGCAGGAAUCUAAACCUCUUACUUAUCACUGAGCACUCUCUCUAUCUAAUCUGACAUUUUAAAGUCUAUUUAUUUGAAUCUAAUAUCAGACUGAUACAGACGCCUGUUGGGAGACAGAGACCUCAGCUCAGACCCUCUCUUCAAAAGCGCCCAAUCAUAAUGUCCCAGAAUUCCCAGCACAUGACACUAAAUCCUAACACAUCCACUCAGCUCUCAAUAGGCUCCGAAUCAUGGUCUGUGUUUCAUUGUUUACUGUUUGUUACUUGGAAUUUUACAUUAGUGCUGAAUGGAACAAUGAUUUUUAUCUAUUGUGAAGAUUUAUCUGAAAAUAAAGUCUUUUUCAGCAA